UUUCCUUAGAUACAAGGGCUGGUUUGAUGGUGGGGAUGGAGGAAGGGAACAAGGAGAAUGCUGCAUCAUGUCCGAAUUCGAGAUCUAAUAACCAAUCUCGGGUAUUUUUCCCGAUCCGGGUGCUUCAAGUUUUGCUGCUGUUCCUCGUUUUGGCUCUUGGGUUCUCGGUCAUCAGCAUGAACAUGAUGAAGUACUUGAAAAUCCAACAUUUGGCUCCAGUCAUGCCCACCACUUUCAUCUCUUUCUACGACGAGGGCGUUGAUUUGGAGAGCUUCAUAAGACCUCCUUCGAAUCUCCGGCACUCCAUGAAUGACAGCGAGCUGCUAUGGCGUGCCUCCUUGGAGCCACGGAUAGGGAAUUAUCCAUUUAAGAGGGUUCCGAAAAUGGCAUUCAUGUUUCUGGUUAAGGGGCCUUUGCCUUUCGCUCCACUCUGGGAGAGGUUCUUUAAAGGGCAUGAGAGCCUGUUCUCGAUAUACGUUCAUGCCUUGCCGAAUUAUAAACCAGAUUUCCGGAGCUCAUCUGUUUUCUACAGAAGGUUCAUCCCAAGUCAGGUCGUGGAAUGGGGAAGGAUGAGUAUGUGCGAUGCUGAAAGGAGGCUUCUGGCUAAUGCCUUGCUCGAUAUAUCUAACGAGUGGUUUGUCCUGCUGUCUGAAGCAUGCAUUCCUCUUCACAACUUCAGUUUUAUCUACAGCCACAUUUCGGGAUCGAGGUAUAGUUUCAUGGGUUCGGCUGACGAGGAAGGACCUGACGGGAGAGGUAGAUAUCACCCGGGAAUGGAACCCGAGGUCACUCUCAGCCAGUGGCGAAAAGGGUCUCAGUGGUUCGAAAUCAACAGGAAACUCGCCGUCGAGAUUAUUCAGGACACUACUUACUACCCCAAAUUCAACGAGUUUUGCCAGCCGUACCAAUGCUAUGUCGACGAGCAUUACUUCCCGACAAUGCUGACAGCAAAAUAUCCUCACCUUCUGGCUAACCGGACAUUGACGUGGACAGAUUGGACACGAGGCGGGGCUCAUCCGGCCACCUUUGGCAAAUCCGACAUAACAGAAGCUUUUAUCAAGAAGCUGCCCGGAUUUCUGGCCUGCCAUUACAACGAUCAGCCGUCUGAAAUCUGUUAUCUUUUCGCCAGGAAGUUUGCUCCGAGUGCGUUGGAGCCCCUUCUCGAAAUUGCUCCGGCCGUCAUGGGAUUCUGACAGAUGCUUGUUCUUUAGCUGAAAGUGUUUGGAUUUUAGAGAAACAACCUCGUUUUUUUUCCUUGGACACAACAGGUACCACGAUUUCUUUUUAUAGCCAAUUCGAUUGUGUAGAUAUUCCCUCUAGUCCAAUGCCUAGAGUACCACGAAAAAGGACAGUGAGAUUUCUUCCCUUUUUGGUUUGCAUUUCAUCCUU